AUGAUCAUUCAAAAGAUUAUUGAUUCCUUUGGAAUUACAGAAUUUUUUAUCCUUUUCGGCCUAACUUUAACUACUUAUAUAUUCACUUUUUAUUACAAUUACUUGACUCGUCCUAAUCCAUUUCCUGGACCAUUACCUUUACCAUUUAUUGGAAAUCUUCAUAAUAUUGUAGAUAUAAAACUCUUUUACGAACAAUGUCAACAGAAAUAUGGUGAUAUUUGUGAAAUUAUGUUUAAUGGGUGUAGAUGUAUCAUUAUUUCACGGUCUGAUUAUAUGGAAAAGUUUUUAUAUCCUACAACGUAUUUUAUGAAGAUCCCAUAUUUGCAAGGUAUAGAAGAAUUUGGAUUUUACGGACGUGGAAUGGUUUUUAAUAAUGACUAUAAAAGUUGGUAUUACCAUAGGCAAUUUUUUACUCAGGCGUUAUUGACACCUAAAUUAAUGGAUACAGCCAUAAAUUCUACAAAACAAUUAUUUGAAGAAUUAAGUGGAUAUUGGCAAUCUCUUGGAAUGCAAAAUACCUUAAGUAAUAAUAAAGAAGAUAAUAAUAAUUGGACUCUAGAAACAGAUUUUUCAGCAUGGCUUCAUGGAUUUGCAAAUGAUCUUGUUUCAAUAGUAAUAACUGGUGAACGAACAUAUGCAAUCGCAUCCUAUUAUAAUACUCAAAGUAUUAUCAAAUCUGAACAUGCUGGUGCGUUGGUCAGUGAUGGUAAUAAAUUUGUUAAUGCAGCUGUAAAGUUCAUUAAUGAUAUCGCGUUUUAUAUGUUUGUUGGACCGUUCAUGAGACAUUAUGUUCCAAUAAUCAGAAAUAUGACAAUUCCUAUGUUGAAAAAUCGGGAUUACGUAUUUGAGAGAUUUGACAUGAUGGUUAAAAAUAGAAGAAAGAUGAUUGAUGAAUUACCAACGGAUACUGAAAUGAAAAGUGACAUGCUAACUUCGUUAAUAACCGCAAAUACCCCAAGAAAUACUAUUAAAGUAAAAACAGUAGAUGAUGAAAUGCUUAAACCUAUGGACGAUAAACAAAUCAGAACGAAUUUGGUAGAAGCCAUUUUAGGCGGAACAGAUACUACUUCAAAUUUAUUCUGUUAUAUGACUUAUUAUGUUUGUAAACAUCCACACGCAAAACAAAAGAUGCUUUUAGAAAUUGACUCUGUAUUUUCUAAGUUAUCCAAAAAAUUCUCAGUAUCACAAGAAGAUAUUUCAAAACUAAAAUAUUGUAAAGCAAUAAUUAAAGAAACCAAUCGUCUAAUUCCCACAGCAUUUAUGACAACCCGCUACAUUGGUGAAGAACGAGAAUUUUCUGGAUAUAAAUGGCCCGCUGGUACUCAGUUACAUUUGAAUUUUAUAGCGGCGAAUAAACAUCCGAAAAUUUGGACUAAUCCUGAAAUUUUCGACCCGGAUAGGUUUUAUGAUGAUAAUAAAUACAGUCUAAAAUUUAAUGACAAAAAUUUGAUGAUGUUUGGUGGAAGUCAACGAAUUUGUCCUGGUAGAAAAUUGGCAAUGACUGAAUUACUCUUAUUAAUGGCAUUAGUAUUUAAAAAUUAUAACGUUGAGUUGGUGAAUAAGAAUGAGCCUAUAAAAAUUAAAACUGGACUUACCAUAAACUGUGAAGAGUUGAAAGUUAAAAUUAGUCCUCGAAUUUGA